AAUUACCUCCUGGUCGCCUAUCACAGGUAAUCCCUGGGUUUCUGCGUAGACAUGGUUUACGGGCAGCCGUGCAGGCUGCAGCCAGUCCCGUCCCAGUGUGGAUGUGGGGACCGCUCCGGAUUCACAAUUAAAGGCUCCAUGAUGCAUUCCACUACAGGUGACGAAACCCAGCUCCCAGAAUAACAAGCAAGACAGCUUUGAAAGUGACUGUUGUCGUCCAGUGUCUUGUGUGCGUUCGUUUGGUAAACGUACGGUGGAUUUAUUUUUUUAAAGAAUGGUAUAAAGUCUUUGGAAUUAUUCUCGGGCGAAGGCUGACUCUUCCUGAAGGCGACACAGUUACCAUAGAAUCCCUAUCAACGGAGUGGCCUUGUGUGUUCCUUGAUUUCGUGUGACUAGCAAGACGCUGUGAAGCCGUCCUUCUGACCGAGGACAGGGGGCGAAAUGCUGAAACUAGUGGCCACAGAUGUCUUCAAUUCCAAAAACCUGGCCGUGCAGGCACAAAAGAAGAUCUUGGGGAAAAUGGUGUCCAAAUCUAUUGCCACCACCCUCAUCGAUGAUACAAGCAGCGAGGUCCUGGAUGAGCUGUACCGAGUGACCAAGGAGUACACCCAGAACAAGAAGGAGGCAGAAAAGAUCAUCAAGAACCUCAUCAAAACAGUCAUCAAGCUGGCCAUUCUCUACAGGAACAACCAGUUUAACCAAGAUGAGCUGGCGCUGAUGGAAAAGUUUAAGAAGAAGGUUCACCAGCUGGCCAUGACCGUGGUCAGCUUCCAUCAGGUGGAGUACACCUUUGACCGGAACGUAUUGUCCCGGCUGCUGAAUGAAUGCAGAGAGUUGCUUCACCAGAUCAUCCAGCGCCACCUCACUGCCAAGUCACACGGACGGGUUAAUAACGUCUUCGACCAUUUCUCAGAUUGUGAUUUUUUAGCUGCCUUAUAUAACCCCUUUGGAAAUUUUAAGCCCCACUUACAAAAACUCUGUGAUGGUGUCAACAAAAUGCUGGAUGAAGAGAACAUUUGAGCAUGUGAAUGAAGACUGACUGCUCAUGAUUUAUUUGAAAAUGGAGCACUGCUGAUGUAUGAAGGAAGAAAAAAUUUUUUUUAAGAUUACACAUGGUUCAGAAAGACUUUGGCCAAUUCAAUUGUUAGACGUUAAUGGUAAUGUCUUAUGCAACUCGUUUUAUUGGAAGAAAAGCAUAGUGCCAAAAACCCUACUGGUUAACAGAUCGUGGGAGAAGUGUAUGUAUGAUGCAAAUACAGAGUUAUACCAAGAAAAACUAUGUAUGGCUCUGAGCCUCAAGGCAUCUGUUUAGGGCAGUUGAUAGUACAUUGGAUAUUUCUAAUGUGUACAGUUAUGUAUUUUGAUUCACUAUUAUUCCUUACUUUGUGUAUGUACCCCUGUUAAAAAGCUGAGGUCUUUCUCUCACUGUCAUUGCUCCUUUUGAAACAAUUUCACUUUCAAGUUUACCUUUUGUUAAAUACUCUUGCGUUAAAGAUUGUGCCACUGACAUUUGAGAAUUAAGUUUUCAUUGAGAAUUAAGACAUAAAGGAAUUAAGGCGGUCAGAUUGGACUCAGAAAAAUGGAAAAACUGCUUCUCUGAAAUCAAUAUUGUAGGAACCAACUUUAGGUGACAUCACGAAUACCGUUUGCUGUAUGAAUACACUUCUGGAGUCGAGUCCUGGUUUUUAGUACCAACAGUCCUUCAUCCAAAACGUGGUAAUUCUUAAAGAUGUGCUGGUAGCGUCUCUAUUUUUAGUAUCGAUUUCAAAUGUAAGAGACACAGAGGAGAAUCUAGGUGGUUCUUAUAGAAGUAAGUGGUAUUAACACAGUUACAACAAUCUUUAUUUUAGAGAGGAGCCCAUCAAAAUAAUGUAGGGGCAUAGGGACCUACAAGGAAGAAACCAUAUUGCUGUAGAACACAAGAAUGAAAAUAAGAAAUGAAAAUAAACGCAUUUCCAUGUUUAAUAAGGUUUGAUACGUAAAUAAAGAAUGUCACUUUUUUAUUUAACUGUAAGGUUUUUGCUAUUUUGUUAUAUGCUAUUUUGAUGAGUAAACCAAAGAAUCUGUGCAUUCUAA